GGGGUGAACAAAGAGAAAGUUGAUUCAGUACACAUGCCUAUGCGCUGGCCGCCACUAUGCUUUCUUCUUCUUGAUAUAGUCUUCCAAUCUACAACAUUUGAAGUCCAAUCUGCCCUGUCUGCCAGGCAAGAUGUCGGCACCGGAUCAGCCUUUGGCCUCCCUUUCCCUAACCCAUGUACAUUAUAAUCCUGAUGACAUCCUUUCAUAUGCAUCGGCCUGGCUAGCACUCGUACCACAAGCGUUAUGCGUCAUCUACGUGACACUCAUCUGGGCUUCGAGGGAGGUGGAAAUCUUGUUGAUGUUUGCGGGUCAAAUGGGCUGUGAAGCUUUGAAUUUUGGGCUCAAGAGGCUUAUCCGCGAAGAGAGACCGCAGUAUAUGCAGGGUAAAGGUUACGGCAUGCCCUCGUCCCACGCUCAAUUCGUGGCUUAUUUUUCCUGCUACGCGACACUGUUCCUUCUACUCAGACACAGACCGAACUUCUCCAUCACGCCAGAUGCAAUCCCUUUCCUCCAACGAGUUGCCCUCUCUUUCCUAGCCUGUGUUGGCGCCAGCGCCGUGGCUAUUAGUCGAUUAUAUUUAAAUUACCAUACCAGGAAACAGGUUCUUGUAGGAUUUUCGGCUGGGGUGAUAUUCUCCGUUGUUUGGUUCUCGUUCACAAGCUACCUACGAUCUUCCGGGUGGAUCGACUGGGGACUGGACUUAACUCUAUCUAGAGCGCUGCGAAUCAGGGAUUUGGUGGUGAGUGAGGACCUUACCGAGGCUGGAUGGCAGCGUUGGGAGGCUCAGAGAAAGCUGAAGCGACGUGAGCAUAGUGAUGCGACGCAUAAGUCGGAUUGAGUAUGUUGUUUACAUUGAAACGAGCUGUAGAUAUAUAGUUGGCGGGUCUUCCACAUCGAAUGGUGCUAUAAAUGUUCGCGAAAAUAUGUUUCAGAUACUUACAUGAUUAGAAAGCUUUAGCUUAACUAUUGCGACCUUUCAAACACUCUCAGGCCCUUCCAUGU